GAUGAGUUUGAUGUCCAUGCUUCGCCGUUUAGGGAUAGUAGUGUUUUAAGACUCCCCACGUUUGAACCUCGGUACUUUGAUGGAAACCCAAACGACUAUCCACAGUUUGUCAGAGUUUGAGGUCACACUGAGUGGUUUUGUUUUAAAUGACGAAAUGAAGUCAAUGUAUUUGUUGAGGUAUUGCACUGGUGUUGCUGCCAGAGCCAUACAGUGCUGCAGGUUUAUGUCCCCGAACGAAGGAUACACAGAGGCUAUGAGGACACUACGUCAAAGGUUUGGAAAACCAGUUAUGAUAUCCCGUAGUAAUUUUGAGACCGUGAAAAGUAAUGGAUUACAGUUAAACGAUAAUUCAGAAGAACUCGCAGAGUUCUUGAACAGUUUAUUGGUAUAUAGACAUACUCUUGUCUCUCUCAAUUGCGCAGAUGAAAUAAAUUCAAGUUCCGUGCUUGAGACUGUUUCCAAAAGAUUACUGGUUCAUCUGCAAAGGAAGUUCAUUAAGGUUAGUCCUCGUCUGGAGGAGGCUUUAGAGCCCGGGUUGGAUGAUAUUGUGAGCCUAGUGAGAGACAGUGUCAACCAGGCUGUGAGCAAGUUCGCUCGUAUACUGGAUCGCACCUCUAGAAUAGAAAAAUCAGAGAGCGAAACACAAUCACUCGUAACGAAAGGGUCUCAGAGAAGCGGAUAUCGAGAAAGCUUUAUGGUGUCUAGUAAUCCAUAUUAUCUUAGUGCUUGUAACAACUUUCGUGGGAUAUACCCAACAGAUAGGUUACAGGUUGCGGGGCAAACACGGUUGUGUUUUACACGUUUGCAAGAAGUGCAUACAAAGGUGAACUGUGAAGGAGUGAUCAAGUUUAGUGGUAAGCUAAAUUUGAAAUCAUCGUCAUCAAGGUCCGACUACGAAUUGUGUGACGAUAAUGGUGCAGUGAAGAAGGCUGUAGUUGCAACCAGUAAGCCAUCGUUGACUAGAGUGUCGUAGGCAACACUGCAGUUUGUGCAGGAGAAGAGAGUCACAGUUUCAGAGUCCAGUUCUGCCUCCGCAAGUUUACAAGGUAUUACUAAUCAGAAUGAAGGUAUAAAACCCUUAAGGAUAUGUGAGGAGGAGCCCAAAUCAUCUACUGCUGCUAAUAAAGAGUUUGAAAAUGAUCAAGUCGACCAGAUAGACGACGGUAAAGUGAAUAUUUGUGACAGUGGUCAUGAUAGUGCAGAUAUGUCUUUCGCUGAUCAUGAUGAGACGAGCAGAAUGCCUACUACUACUGAGUUGAAUAAAAUUUCUGUACAACUUGAACGUGAAGUAGACUUAAAGGCAGAUGCAGUGGUAGGAGCUAUGGAUACUUGUGAGAAUGUCAGUGUAAGUGAUCAGCGUGUAGCCCGCCUGUCGACAGAUGUUAACGCUAAACUGGAGCUAAUAAUAAAAGACAGCAGUGGUGGUAAUCUU